CGUAUCUAACUUCCAGCAGUUAAUCAAUGAUCGGUGUGAUUUUCAGGUUAUGUAAAUAAUUCAUGUUAUUAUUUCGAUUAUUAUUUAUUUGUUGUUUUGCUUCGUCUAUAAUCUAAACUCUACUCACUUUUCAUUUAUUCUUUCCUGCACCAUGCCCAUGCGUCUCUAAUUUUUGUGAUUAAUUCGAUUGCGAUUUUGAAGUCGUUUUAAAUGUUGUCGUGCUGAGCGCUGCAGCUGUAGUGCAUAGCAAUUAUUUUUUGGUCUGGAUGUAUAGAAUAUUGAAUAAAAAAAACUAUGACGUGUGUUCGGCGAAUGGAAAUUUUGGAUAAGCAGAUAUUAUUACACUUUAUUAUAAUAGUAUAAUGGUGUUGUAGAACAACUGGUGUUCGUACUCGCCGCUACAAGUCUUGUGAAAAUGCGAAAUUGAUAGAAAAUUGUAACGAACAACAAUAAUUAAACUCGUUCGGUUUCCGGUAACUUCCGGUAACAUUAUGCGGCCGACUAAGCAGUCUGUAACUUUGCUAUAUCUAUCGUCGUGCAAUAUUUUUGCCAAUUUGUUGUUUCUCUAUGGGUUCUUUUCGUUUGACUACAACGACAGACGCACGUCAACGUCAAACGAUAUUCCGUCGACCAUAUGGCCAAACAGAAAUGACUCGGAACCUUGGCGUUUUGACACUCGACGCUUGUAUCACAAGUCAGUGAAUAAAGUUGUGUUGAUGGUAAUUGAUGGCAUUCGUUAUGAUUUUUUCACGGACUCUGAAUUUAAUGUAUACAUGCCAUUUUCUACUAAUCUCAUAAAGCAAAAUAGAAGUUGUUUGUUUCGUACCAGAGUGAAUGCCCCUACAGUUACAAUGCCACGUAUAAAAGCCUUAACUACAGGUACGGUGCCAAAUUUUAUCGAUCUUGUGCUAAAUCUGGAUAGUUCAGCUGUGCAACAAGAUAGUAUUAUUUAUCAAGCCUCUGCAGCUAAUAAACGAGUUAUAUUUUAUGGAGAUGAAACAUGGUUGAAAUUAUUCCCAAAUUCAUUUGUCAGACAUGAUGGAACUACAUCUUUUUAUAUAUCUGAUUACACUGAAGUUGAUAAUAAUGUCACUCGUCAUCUUGAAAAUGAAUUGAAACCAACGGCCGACUGGGAUAUUAUGAUACUUCAUUAUUUAGGUCUUGAUCAUAUUGGUCAUACAGGUGGUCCUCGAAGUACAUUGAUGCCUAAUAAAUUAUCUGAGAUGGAUAAUAUUAUUCAGCGUACUGUAAAUUACAUGGAUUCUGAAAAAUCUGAAUUGCCAUCCGUUUUAAUUGUUUGUGGUGAUCAUGGAAUGCGUGACAAUGGUGGUCAUGGUGGAUCAUCAACUGGUGAAGUAAUGGUUCCUCUAUUUGUUUAUUUUAAAAAUAAGACAUGUGGUGGGUCUAUAAAAGAAGAAAUCAUGCAAACAGAUUUUGUUCCUUCAAUUUCUGUAAUUAUGGGGCUACCAAUACCUUCAAGCAGUACGGGAAAACUUAUAAAUAAAAUGUUGCAAAUUCUUAAUAUUAAUGAAAUUCUUUUUGCAUAUCAUUAUAACUCAAAGCAAAUGUAUACAAAUUAUAUUUCAAAAAAGGGGUUAAUGAAUAAAGCAUUUAUGAAGGAUUAUGAUCAUGCUGUGCUCUAUUAUUAUAAUUGGUUGAAGAGAGAAACUGCUUCAGUCAAUCAAGCGCACCGUGUUAUUUCAUUAUAUGAAUCUGCACUGAGUGGUAUGAGUAACUAUGUAAUUGGAUCAAUAGCUAAAUUUGAUAUAUUUCUUAUAAUUGUUUCAAUUGUAUUAUCUAUACAGGUAUGGUUGUUGCUCAUAGACUUUGAUGCUGUAAAUAUCAAGUUUAUUAAAGUUAGCCGUUUAGUGUACUUAAUGCUAAUUCGUUGGGCUGUUUGUGUAUGGUUACAAUGUGAUAGUGUACUUUGUGAAUUCACCGCCACAUUUAAUUUAUUGGCUAGUGUUGUAAUCAUAAUGUUUAUUAUAAACCUUGGUGGUAUUGGUCGGCCACUUUCUACAUUUUUUAGAUUAGAGAUUAAUGAUUUCGAUAAUAACUUAUUUUAUGUUCUUCCGGGUAUAUUAAUACAUGUAUUAAGUCUAUUUUCAUCAAGUUAUAUUGAAGAAGAGCAUCAAUUGUUGUAUCACCUUUGGACUGGAUUUUCUGCUAUUCAAGUAUAUAAAACUUUUGUUAUGCAUAACUAUACAACAACUGCUAAGUGGAUAGUAUCUAUGAUUUUGCAUCGAUUUUGUAAAAAUCUGAAUAUUAUUGGUAAUCAGUGGUCAGGUAUUUACAGUUUAGGAGAUUGGUUCCGUGAGUCUCAAAAUAGAAUUUAUUUAUCAACUUUAAUGGUUAUUGGUCUUUGUAGUAUAUUCUAUGCUUGUAUCAACAUUUACCGAGUCGUUAAAAAUAAUAAGCAAUUUCAUAUGUUGAGUGUAAUUAUUUUAAUUUUAUACUUUUGGACUUUAUGCAGUGUUUAUAUGUAUAGGGUUGAAACUAAAGAAGUUUUUGUACCAUAUGGAUAUAACAUAUUAAAGUUAAUAUUUUGUUUGCAUUCAUGGACUAUAGCAUGGUAUUUAUUGAUUGGAUGCCAUAUUUUUAUUGUUAUUAAACAAACUAAUCGAAAUAACAACAAGUUUAAUAGUGCUGUGUGCUCAAUGAUAAUAUUGUUAAUGCUACGUUUGUCAUUAUUACUAAGACCUCAUAACAUUUUGGUACCAGCAGUCUUAGUGUAUACUUGUAAACUUAUUCAAUUUAAAAACUGGAAUACUUUGACUAUAACUAUACUUCAUUAUUGGUUGUCAUUGAUGUUUUUUUUCUAUCAGGGUAAUUCAAACAGCGUUGGUACAUUAGAUAUAGUGCCUGGGUACAUUGGUCAAACCAUUUAUGAUCCUGUUGUUGCAGGAAUCCAUAUUUUUACCCAUACAUAUGGUUUUCCAAUGCUGGUUUACUUAUUUCUUGUUCUUGAUCAAAAAUUUUCAGGACUUCAAAAACUUUGUAUGCUCAACGUCACUCAAUCAUGUGUAUAUAACAUAGUUAUUUUAUUUUUUCGUAAUCAUUUAUUUAUAUGGUCAGUAUUUUCUCCAAAACUUUUGUAUAUUGUAAUAUUUACAUCUACAACUUAUAUUUUUUCUGCACUAAUUAUUAUUCUAUUAACUUUAUGUAGAUCUUCUACUAAAAAAGAAUUAGAAAUUUAA